AUGCAAGUUGCCAAGCGGUGCGUCUUCUUAUUGGCCCUAACGACCAUUCUUUUAUGUAUUCUUGCACUCAGCUGCUUCCAUGAUCAUCAACAACAGGAUGGAAUGAUCGGAAUAAAUUAUGUCAUGGCUAAGGAAGAGGAAGAUGUUGCUGCUAAUUUUUGGAAUGCCAUUCCUACCAAAACCAUUGAAACAACACCAUCAUCAUCAUUGGAUGAUACAGCUUCUCCAGAUGAGGAAGAAGAGGAGCCUCGCACAAAAGAAGACCUUAGCAAGGCAUCAUCGGAAAGUACAUCCAAUGAAGAAGAUGAAUUUGAAUUUGCCGAAGAUGAUUUUACUUCUAUUCAAAGUAAGAUGAAUCUUCAACAACAAGAAGAAAACAAGGAAAAACCAGCUGAGGAAGAAGCAACAGAAAAGGAACCCGUCCGAUUAUUUGGCUUCCCCAAACAAGAACACUUUUAUUAUGAAAUGGGAAUUGGAGCCUUUAUUCUUGUAUCAGUCAUGGUUUACUUGAUGGGAAGAAUGAGUUCGGAAUCAACAUUUAAGAAUUGGGCAGAAAACAAUGCAUUGAGAAGAGUUUUGGAAAAACAUUUCACCAAGGUGAACUUUAUGCGUGAUGGAGCCAAUCAAUUUAUUGUCUAUGCAACGGGUAAUGAAGCAAUGAAACACCUCACAUUUAAGGUGACCUUACCAAAUAAGCAAGAUUUACUCAUGGGAAUGAUGGUGAAGCCAUUCAUGAGCAUGUUGAGUGGAGGAUCAUUGUUUAGCGAACCUGAAAUCAUUCUCGAAAUUACUCUUCCAAGAUCGUUUGCAGUUCUUUUUGGAUUGAGUGAUCCAAAGAAUUAUAAGAGUUUUUUAAAACAACAUGAACCUUUGCAACUCUAUACAAAGCAUGCUUCAUUGGAGGUUGCAGGAAAGCGAUACGAAUGUUUUACAGAUACUCCAAGAUUGAUUGGAAAAAUCACAACUCAAUCUUUUGUCUCAAAUUUGGAUGCCGAUUUUUUGAUAAGUGACCUUCUGAAACCACGUACAGCUGCCACUCAUUUGAUUCAAUGCAUCACAUUGAGAACCAAGAUUAGCUAUAACAAGACACUCAAAAGCAAUAGCUCGGAAGCAGUUUCAAAAAGCAGCAAGACUGCAAAAUUCGAGAAUUGGCUUGAUGAAAUGUUACACUUCAUUUCUUUUGAGUUUACUUUGACUCCACAAGAGGCCGAUAAAAAUUUGAAAAAUAGAUUGGAAAUUCAAGAAAAUAUUGAGAGAGAAAAGCAAAAGGAAAAGCUGAAGGAAGAAUCCAAAGAAAAUCGACUGAAAAAACUUUCCUCAUCUAAGAAAAAGUAA